AUGACGGAUCGUCUGCGUUCGGUGCUCACCCACCUGAACUCCAUCGCCUCUCCGCGAGACAAGCUCUUGCAAAAGAACCCAGACGAUGUAGUCAUCACCCUCGCGAUCCGCACGCCCCUGUGCAAAUACAAGUCCGGGGCGCUGAAGGACACGACUUUGGAUGGCAUCACCUUUCGCAUGCUCGAGGCAGUCCGAGCCAAACUCGACCUCGAUCCUGCUGCGGUGGACGAUAUUUGCUUGGGCAAUGUCCGUGAUGGCAAGGCGGCGUACUACUGUCGAGCUGCGGCCCUCGCGGCGGGUUUUCCAAACACUGUGGCUGCACACAGUUCGUCCCGGUUUUGCUCGAGUGGGUUGACGGCGACGGCGCAUAUUGCCAAUGAGGUUUCGAGCGGACUGAUUGAUGUUGGCAUCGCCAUCGGCGCGGAAAUGCUCAGCGAAGGCAACGACCGUCUCGACAGGCCCUUUGUAGACGAGAUCUUGAGCAAUCCAGAAGCCGCCGACUGCAUGCUGCCCAUGGGCAUAACAUCUGAGAAUGUCGCCGAGCAGUUCAACGUCUCCCGAGAGGAGCAGGAUCGCUAUGCCGUGGAAUCGUACCGUCGUGCCGAGGCUGCGCAGAGAGCCGGUUGGUUCGAUGAUGAGCUUGUUCCUAUCACUGUCAAGAAGGAUGGUAAGGAUAUCACCAUCACCCAGGAUGAAAUCCGCUAUGGCACGACGUAUGAGAAGGUCGCCAAGUUGAAGCCUUCGUUCCAGGAGAAUGGGAGGAGCACGCCAGGGAACAGCUCUCAGAUCACCGAUGGUGCCGCUGCUGUUGUCCUAAUGAAGCGCUCCAAGGCCCUCGAGCUCGGCCAGCCGAUUCUGGCGAAGUACGUCGGCGCAGCAAUCGCAGGUCUCCCUCCACGUAUCAUGGGCAUCGGUCCUACGCUGGCCAUUCCCAAGUUGCUCAGUCGGUACGGUCUCGACCUGCACAAGGACAUCGACAUCGUGGAGAUCAACGAGGCGUUUGCGUCCAUGGCCGUGUACUGUCGGGAUACGCUGAAGCUGGAUUGGAACAAGAUGAACCCGAGGGGUGGUGCUAUCGCUCUGGGACAUCCUUUCGGGAUGACUGGUGUGAGACAGAUUGUUUGUGGGUUGAGCGAGGCCAGGAGGACGAAGCAGAAGGUGCUGUUGACGAGUAUGUGCCUGGGGACGGGCAUGGGCAUGGCUGGUUUGUUUGUGUCGGAGCAGUAG